AACAGAGUGAUUGUAAAGAUAAGACUUGGGGAUAAUUAACAGCAAAUCCAGACUUAAAAAAAGCAAUUCCCCAUCAUCCAUUGGUUGUGAAGAAGGGAGGAGGUUUGUUGAUGUGAGGUUGAAUCAAGUGUGUGUGGUCGUAAAAUGUGGUCUUGGUUGUGAGGACCGUUAUAUAAAAGGGGCGUACAGUUCAAGCCGACCCAUCUCGAAACGUGAAGUCCAACCAUGAGUCCAUGCGUCUUCUCGGUCUUGGUCGUUUUGUGGCUGGUAAUGGCCGUGGAAAUGGCCGCCUCGGAGGGCCAGCAGAUCCUCCAAGCCUUGCACUGUCCGCCCUGCGAACGCAUUCAUUGUUCCCCUCGUAGAGCGCUGAAGCUCCAGUGUCAGGGUGGUACAACCACUGGGAUUUGCGGUUGUUGUCCAGCCUGUGCCAAACUCGCAGGAGAAAGCUGUGGAGGCACCUGGGACUACCUGGGGAAGUGCGACGAAGGGCUGGUUUGCGUUUACCAAGAAGCUACAGAUGGAAAACCAGAGGCGGAACGCAAGGGAACCUGCAAAUCAGUGCUUGAGGUUCUUAAAGCCGACACUUGCAGACCUGAGUGCACAUGGGAGUUCUGCAAGGCCAAUCCCAAUGAAAUCUGCUCAGCGAGGUCUGUAUCGCUGGAGAAGCGUGAGUGUGGAGGUCACUGCCAGCACACAACCUGCUCCAGCUGCUUGGUUCUCAGACCUCCAUCUUGUGCUCAGUCCUGUUCCCCAACAGACCACGUCUGCAUGCAUCGCUUUGGAAGGUGUGUGCAUGGUCACCUGACCGAAGAAAAACAUCCACCCGCCUGCCACCAAAACCUACAGAGUAAGUCUGAGGGAUUCUUUGUGUGUUUGGCUCCUGCCUGUCCAACUGCAGAAAACUGAUUCGACAUUUCAAGAGGAACUCAAAUAAUGCAAUCCAGUUAUAAAAUGUAGCACAAAAGGCAGCUAUUUUUAUUAAUGCAUUUCAUUAGUAUUUUUUUAUAUGUUAUAAUAUAAAUCAAUAAUAAAAAUGUGUGAUUAAAUUUUUUUCGCAUUAAUGUU